AUGUUACAAGUUUGAUGCUGCAUGUGUAGGGUGUAUUCAGGCAGUUUAUAUGUAUCAGAUACAGUGACCCAGCAAGAGUAAUAAUGGUGUUGGAGUAGCAUCCACUCAAGAGUGUCAGUUAUUGUUAAAAAGCAAAAUCUUAAGCUCUGUCCAUAAUGAGUGACUGGCGUCCAGUUUCCCGAGAUGACUAUGAUCCACUGAAGGCUGGCAGCAUAGAUGGCACUGACACAGAGCCUCAUGACCAUGCUGUGUGGCGUGCCAUGAAUGCUCACUAUGUUCCACCAGAUGUGGACACAAAGCCCAGUCACACACUUUUUGUUGGACGGCUUCCACACAGUGUUGAUGAAGAGCAACUACAUCACAAAUUCUCUGCAUUUGGUGUUGUUGAAAAGAUCUGCCUUAUAAGAGACAUCGUGACUGGUUACAGCAAAGGCUACUGCUUUGUUGAAUACCGCAAGGAGAGGGAUGCUGAGUAUGCUAUGAGAGAGUCCACUGGGCUCCUGAUUAAUGGCUGUCCAGUGCUUGUUGACUGGGAAGCUGGUCAUCUUAAGGGAUGGGUCCCUAGGAGGUUAGGGGGUGGAUGGGGAGGUCGAAAGGAAGCUGGACAACUCCGAUUUGGCUGCCGUGAUCGUCCUUGGAAGAAGCCUAUUGUGAUUCAUCCUCGGAGGCUCUCAGAAAAGCCAUAUGGCAAGGAUGUAGGGACGUCAAGAAGCUAUGACAGGCAAGACAGGCAUGGAUCAAGUGAAGACAGGCAUAGGAAUGACUUUAGGAACAAGGACAAGAAAUGGAGAAGGGAAGAUAGAAGGGACAGACAUACAUACAGUACCUCUUCCCAUAAGAGAACGUACAAAAGUGCAACAACUUGAAAAUUGUGAUGUGUUGCUGUUAUGAUGUGAACAAGUAUUACAGACAAACAAUAGACUUUAUGGCAGCUUACAUUGUAUUCACAUGUAGUGCAUUUUCACAACUGCAUAGUUUAUUAAGAUGUACAAUCUAUGUGUAAGGUUUCUAGGAGUAGUUGAAAGGAUAACCAGUCAGUGAUAAGAAAAAAAUAAUAUUGUUAAUGAAUUAUCAGUAUGGUACAAUGUGUGAAGGUGUUGCUUAUAAUGCUGUAUUUUUGUGUACACUGUAAAGAAGAAUAAGCCUAUUUUUUCAGUCACCUUGUCAACCAUCACUAGAUAUGAUUAGUAAACUUGUUAGAAAUCCAAAUUGAUGAUCAGGUACUGGACUUUUUACUGGAGGAAAAAUUAAGAGUUAGGGAAGUUGUAUUUAUAUGCCUAGAAAUAUAGCAUUUGUCUGUCA